GUGGUCCCGUGCCGGGCUUCAGCGCCGUGAUAGCCAGUGACAUCCCCCUGGGGGGGGGCCUCUCCAGCUCGGCCGCUCUGGAGGUGGCUACUUACACCUUCCUCCAGCAGCUCUGCCCGGAUGAUGGUGAUUUGGCAGCCAAGGCGCUGGCGUGCCAGAAAGCGGAGCACACAUUUGCCGGCAUGCCCUGCGGGAUCAUGGACCAGUUCAUAUCUGUGAUGGGCAAGGAAGGCCACGCGCUGCUCAUUGACUGCAGGUCCCUGGAGACCAUCCUCGUCCCGCUGACCGAUGCCAGCUUGGCCGUCCUCAUCACCAACUCCAAUGUGCGGCACGCGCUGACGGGCAGCGAGUAUCCCACGCGCCGGCGGCAGUGCGAGGAGGCGGUGGCGGCGCUCG